GGGCGCUCCGAGACGGGAUGGCAUGUCAUCCCGCUCUCGCCUCCUGCUACUUUACUGCUCACCCGAGUCUCUCCCACCGGCAGCUGCUCCUGGCUCUGCACUAUCACCCUACCCGUGAAACACCGAUGGUUAGUCCAGCUCGCGCGGCUAGCGCUGUUCUGCGUUCUGCGCGUGCGCCUCGAGUGACACAAGUGCGGACACUGGCAACGCCGUCGUCUUCGAAGGCUAGCUUUAGUCAGACACUAGCAGAGGGGCCCUCACUAGACGAAUUCAUCGCGGGCAAUGCUCCAGACAGGGUCGUGCUAGGCAAUACAUCAGCUCCUCGCCUCCCGUCGUACCUGAAGACGUCCAUUCCGAAGGGGGCGUCCUUCUCCAAGAUCAAGAAUGACCUACGAGGACUCAAGCUCCAUACGGUCUGUGAGGAGGCACGGUGUCCAAACAUUGGCGACUGCUGGGGUGGAAAAGAGGGCGCAACGCUGGAGGAGGGACGUAGAGCGGCGACUGCGACGAUCAUGCUCAUGGGAGAUACCUGCACAAGAGGCUGUCGGUUCUGCUCCGUCAAGACUUCGCGGACACCUCCACCGCUCGAUCCUCAUGAGCCCGAGCACACAGCGGAGGCAAUUAGCCGAUGGGGUCUAGGCUACAUCGUCUUGACGAGUGUCGACAGAGAUGACCUCGCUGACGGCGGAGCACACCAUUUUGCCGAGACCAUCAUAAAGAUCAAGCAGAAGGCACCACAGAUCCUCGUAGAGGCGUUGACUGGAGACUUCGGCGGCUCACUACCGCAUGUCUCUAUUGUGGCGAAGUCUGGCCUGGAUGUGUACGCCCACAAUAUUGAGACAGUGGAGGCACUCACGCCGUUUGUGCGCGAUCGUCGGGCGACCUUCCGCCAGAGUUUGAGCGUGCUCGAGCACGCGAAGAAGGAAGGCGUAAGAAUCACGAAGACCAGCAUCAUGCUUGGAGUCGGAGAGUCGGAAGACGAGAUCAUGGAUGCCCUCCGAGAGCUACGCAAGGUCGAUGUUGACGUCGUGACAUUCGGCCAGUACAUGCGUCCAACGAAGCGACAUAUGAAAGUAGACCGCUACGUCGAGCCUGCCGAAUUCGAAAGAUGGAAGCAGGUGGCCGAGGACAUGGGCUUCCUAUACGUUGCGAGCGGUCCGCUCGUCCGCAGUAGCUACAAGGCCGGUGAAUUUUACAUCGAGAACAUCUUGCGCGGAAAGGCGACGGAAAGGAAAGCGGGGACUCUGGUCGCGGAAUCCGAUGUCAGAGACCAGAGUUUCAAACUAUGAGCUUGCAUGCGGAUGCAGCGGGGGGCGGUUGCUGAUCUAUACAUCACUUCGCCGUACAGUUUUAUAAUGGAUUUGAUUAGCAUGUCGUCAUGCUCCUUGGUCUCGCCAUAAAGGAUGCCAAUGGCCUGUUGGUCUUGUGUUGGUCAG